CGGGUCUCACACUGACGCGUGUCUCACUCUCUUGUUAACGAAGUGUUUGGCAUGUGUGCCGGAUAAACUCAUCGGCAACCUCCGCAUCAACAUCGUCCCUACGUCCCUACGUCAGCCCGCUGCUUGCCCCUCGACCUCGACUGCAGCUUCCCGUGGACUUGCGUCAGUCUUGUUUCACCGCGUCAAUUGUCGAGCGAGCGACCCACAGGCAACUCGAGACACUCGAGAUCAACAUUCCGCUCGUCGCCCUAGUCGGCCACAAGACCAAGGGGCCUGACCUCGACGCCGCAUUCCGUCGGCUAUUACGGGACCCCAAUGCCUGGGUCGUGGACUAUAGCUCGUGCGAUUCAUCACAUCGCACUCGACUUGUUGCCCACUUGCCCAUCUCCCCACCCCCGGCGCCAUGGACUCUGAGCUUCUCGGGGCCGGCCUCAUGGCCCCGCGGCAGUUGCGCAACUGUAUGCCGUGCAAGAAGCGCAAGAUCAAGUGCGGCCCCUGUAGUCUUCGACGCGACGGCAAGAACUGCACGCCAGCAGUUGCCAACUUGGAAGAAACGGCAGAGCAGACAGAUGCGUACGUUUCCGUUAGCGACUUCAAGGCGCUCGCGCGACAUGUCCAGGUUCUCCGCGAUAAGGUCAAGGCCUUGGAGACUGUCGUGAAUCAGGCGAGGGGUGGGAGCAACGAAGAGACGCCACUGCCAGACGAGGCAUCGCCAGUGACCUCGCGACGGCACAUGGGCGACGACGAGAUGGUCUUUGCGCUCGAAGACUUUCAGAUGAGCCACCGCGUCAACACGAUGCGUAACCGCCAGACUCCCGAUGGCGCAACUCCAGCACUGUUCCCAACUGCAGGCGAUGAAGCGACAAACCACAUCGGCGGGGAUCACCCCCUUGCGUUCGUCAUUCCAACCGGCACCGAUUACCUUGCGCAGGCGAUCGCCCUCCUCCCGGAUCAGCAGAUCAGCGCCCGGCUCGUCCAAGAAUACUUUAGCAAGGUCGAGUGGUUCCAGAGGUGCCUCCACUACCCCACGUUCAUGAGCGAGUGUCGUCAGCUGUGGAACGGAUCGACCAAGGACGUGUCGCCAGACUUUGUGGCCACCUACACCAUGGUGCUCUGUCUCGGCUUGUCCACAAGCAGUGAAUCGUUUGGCACCAACUCUAUGGCGCUCGCCGAGCAGCUGUACCACUUGGCCGAGGGUAUCAUGAUGUGCUCGAGGUUCCUGCACCGCCAGACAUUCGAGUCGUUACAGGCCAUCUCACUCAUGACGAUUUAUGGGUAUGGGAUGGAGGACGGAGCGGAUGCGACCUGGGCCUUGUGCGGCUCGGCAAUCAAGAUCGCCCAGAACUUAGGACUGAACCGCCUCGAGGCUGAGGAACCCGGCAAGGUCUGGACAGCGCUGUGGGGCUCGCGGUUGAAGCGCGAGAUCGGUCGCCGAGUGUGGUGGUGCUUUGUGUCCCUCGACUGGGCACAUGCCAUUGCCCACGGCUCGUCGUGUAAGCGCGUGGCACGGGUAUCUGCUGACGUCCCAGACAGCGUUCACCCGUCACAGAACAUGACCGCGCUGCCGGCCAACCUGGACGAUACGCAGCUCGAAGACCCCACCGCCAUCCCACACCCCCUAUCCGUGUGCACCCCCAUCAACAUGCACAUCUUCAAGUGCAAGUUUGUCACGCUCUACCGCGAGAUCACAGAUCACAUGACGAUACACAAGACGCCGUCAUACUCCUUCAUCCUUGCGUGGGUUACCGCAUUGAGGCCUCUUCUUACCCGCAGCAUGGACGACUCCAUCAUCGACCUGGCGCGGAGCCUGCCGCCGCACUUUCAGAACACCAUGCACUUGCCAAUCGACGCCAGCCCUGCGCUCGUCACCGACUCUAUAUUCCUGAGCAUCACGGCCAACACACGACUAGUUCGACUCCAUCGCUACUUCUUCAUCCGAGGCUACAGUGACGAGCGGUACACCCGCUCGAGGGAACGUUGCGUAGAGGCCGCGCAGACGGUACUCCGCCUGCUCGACCUCGCCACGAGACGGGCGCCAAACUUGCUCAACUUUUGGAUCGUGCUCUUCUACGCCUUCUCAGCGGCUGUCCCCGUGUGCAUCGACCUCAUGUUUGAGCCCACGCAGGAGAAGCGGCAGAUGGUCCGGCGCAUUAUUGAGACGCUACGAGACAAGAGCUCGACACGACCUGCCGCCCGAAACAGCGUCUUUGUGCUCGAGCGACUGCUCGAGAAGGAGGACGAGUUCCGCGCGGGACAACCCGAGCGACCGGCAAAGCGUCGCCGGGGCAGCGGAGCCGUGGAUGCCGGCUCGCCGAGGCAGGCGCAUCUCAAGCAGAUUAAAACCGCUCCGUUCGGAGCGAGCGAUUUGGCCGCUCCUACCCCCGCCGACACCCAGCCGCCGCAGUCAAAUCCAACGACCACCGCCCCCCUCCCUCUGCCCGACACCACCUCGGCUGUCGUUGCGGACCCGUUGGAUCUGACGGUAGGAGAAUGGCCAGGGCUCCACCUCGACUGGUUUGACUCCCUCUGGACUCAGACAGACACGACGUGGCCAGAGAUGCUGGACAGAAACUUGGGAUAGGCAACACUCAUUCAUCAUGC